AUGGUCCCCGCUGACAAAGAAGAUGACAACAAUGGCUACAAGGCCCGAUUUCUAGGAUUUUAUCUCUACGUAUCCAAUUCGACAAACCGAUUUGAUGGUCAUUUAUGUUUUCAUGAUACAAACAACACCAAAGAAACGAUACCUGCCGUCGCUAACAUUUCCUGCCCUGUUCACGGACAAUAUGUCAUUUACUACAAUGAAAGACUUCCGAAUGUUACAUACCCCAGUGGAUAUUCUCAGUACGCUUACACUGAACUUUGUGAGGUUGAGGUCUAUGGUUGUCCUGACCCAUAUAAAUAUGGCGUAAACUGUUCAAAGCCGUGUUCAACGAACUGUGAACAAUACUGUCAUAUAGAAUCAGGAAACUGUUCAAGGUGUAAGCCAGGCUUUAAAGGAAACCAUUGUGAAGAAAGUAAAGUCUGUCGUGUUAUAUAA